AUAAUUGCGACCCCUACCCCCGUCUUUCGUCCUCUUCCCUGAACCGCAGUAGCCCUUUCUUUCCGUCCUUCUUGCGAGAAAUAACGGCGGAGUACCGGAGCGGCGGAGCCGACUGGUGCGUGGAGGCGGAAAGGGCGGGCAGAACGCACCGGAGCCGACUGGCGACGGGAACCGCAACAAUGGCACAUAAAAGAAAUUUGAUGACGAUGAAGUUGAUUUUGAGAAAGUGGCUCAUGAGCAGUGGUUCAUGAGUGAUGAUGAAUGGAGAGAUUAUGUUGAAGAACAAUGCAUCGGGAUUAAAAGAUCGUGAUAUAAUUGAGCUGAACGUCAAGUUGGAUGAAAUGAAGGACAGCUACAGAAAGCUCCAGCAGGAGCUGGAUCAGUCACGGAAUGAUGAUAAGCUUGAAGAGCUCCAGAAGCAGAUUUACAUCAUGAAUCAGGAGAUGGAGAGUAACCAGAAGGCAGCAUUGGAGAAGGAAGACUGCCUUCUCGGGGACCUAUCUACGGCUAAUGAACUUGUUCGCUUAUACAAACGAAGAUCAAACACCUAUGCUGCGAGAGUUCGAGAAGCCAAGGCUACAAUUAAAGCUCUCACGGUAUUCAUACUGAAGAGCCUACUCCUGAAGCCUCCUUGUUCAACGAACUGCAGAAGCAAAUUAUGUCGAGAGAUGAGGAGGUAAGCAGCAGGGCAAGCGCUGCUGCAUGCCACAUGCACAAGGCUGUGCUGGAUAAGAUCGACCAGGAUCUCCGGAUCCAGUUCUCUCGGAGACUGGACGGCAUCGAAUUUUCAACUAAUUAUGUCGAUUGUUUCCUCGAUCGAUGUGCAAAUAGCUAUCACUAGGCAUCUCGUAUAUUCUAUAUCUAUUCACUCUUCCAAAUUUGAGAAUAUAAUAUUGGGUUAAACAUACAAUUAUCAAUAGCUAUCACUAGGCAUCUCGUAU